AAUCAGUUCCCUGAACACCAGCAGUAUUGCGGACAGAGUACUACGUGCUGCAUGUGUCAGCGUCUGUACGGCUGAGGGUGAAAGCGCGAGGGAUUGAGGUGACUGACCAUUCCACUCCAGUUUCUGGGGGACUCCCAUCGGAAGCAGCCGUGUGGUCCACGCCACUGGAUUACACGAACACCAGACAAACAUGUCAAGGCAGCAGAGGACCCCCUUGAGAACCGCUGACAACGUGAUCGAGGUCAAAAGCAAAUUUGAAGCAGAGUACCGGAGGUUUGCCCUGAAGCGCUCGGGCGCCGGAGGGUUCCAGGAGUUCUACCACCUGCUCCAGUCGGUCCACCGGAUACCGGGCGUGGAGGUGCUGCUCGGCUAUGCCGACAUCCACGGUGACCUGCUCCCCAUCAACAACGAUGACAACUUCCACAAGGCCGUGUCCUCGGCCAAUCCGCUGCUGAGAAUCAUCAUUCAGAAGAGAGGUCCAGGUCCAGGAUCUCUCUACUUGGAGGAAGAUGUGGAGGAGCCCGUGGUCUUCGCCACCAACUCCCUGCAGAGGAAGAAGAAGGGCCUGCCGGGGCUGCGGGCGACGCAGCAGAAGGGCAAGCCGGCGCUGCUCAUCGGCCUGCCGCAGGACUUCCGGCAGAUCUCCUCCAUCAUCGACGUGGACAUCCUGCCCGAGACGCACCGGCGGGUGCGCCUGCACAAGCACGGCUCCGACAAGCCGCUGGGCUUCUACAUCCGCGACGGCGUGAGCGUGCGCGUCACCCCGCAGGGCGUGGAGAAGGUGCCGGGCGUCUUCAUCUCGCGCCUGGUCCGCGGGGGCCUGGCGGAGAGCACGGGCCUGCUGGGCGUCAACGACGAGAUCCUGGAGGUCAACGGCAUCGAGGUGGAGGGCAAGUCCCUGGACCAGGUGACGGACAUGAUGGUGGCCAACAGCCACAACCUCAUCGUCACGGUCAAGCCGGCCAACCAGCGCAACAACGUGGUGCGGGGCAGCAAGGCGUCGGGGAACAGCUCCGGCUCGGGCUUCUCCCACGACUCCACGCCCAGCCCGGCCUCGCAGUACGUCAGCCACUACAGCAACAGCACGGCGGAGGGGGAGAGCGACGAGGACGGCGACCUCAUCAUCGAGAGCGACAGCCUGCCGCCCUACCUGCCCGCCGCGCACUUCGCCAACGGGGACGCCUCGUCCUCGUCGUCGGGGGCAGCGGGGGGGCCGCGGGCGCUCCCCCAGAGCGCCUCCCUGCACAGCAGCUCGCUCUCCGACAGCAAGGGCUCGCUCAGCUCGCUGAACACCCCCACGCACAACGGCAGCCCCAGCCAGGAGAGCAUGCGCGAGGACGGCAACAUCAUCACACUGUGAGGCCCCCCCAGCCCCGCCCCGCCGCGCCGCCAACGGUCCGCUCGGCCAACCCAACGACGACCGCAACAACAACACCGAACACAGCCCACAGCACGGGGACGCUACUUCCCUGGGAAAUAUCCACUAAUUUUAACAAAAUACAAACUUAUUAAUACCUCAUUUCUACAAAACAGUAGGCACUAAACAAAGUAAUGCCUUUUUUGGUCUGGAAGUGCCCGAUGUUUGUUCCAUGCAUCUAAAAGGAAUGGAAUUGGUCCACGGCGGGGGUGGGGCGGGGUGUGGCUAAUCCUAUAGGCUGACAGCCUCGGCUAUAAGGAGGUGCCUUUCGCAAAUUUUUUUUUCCUCACUCUGCUAGCCUUAUUAAUGUUUUUUGUUUUAUUACACUCACUAAAGCUCGUAAAAGUAGCGCAUUUUCCAGUACGAGAAGGUUGGGGAAUACACUGCGAGGUGUUUCGCAGGAGAAGACGUGCGGGAGGGCUGUUCUCUCCCUCUCAGACCAACUCCGAGCCAGAGAGGAAGCGUCUGGAAUAAACAGUGAAAGAUGUUAAAUUCGAUUGUGCCCCCCGGCUAAGGGUCGGAAGCACAGCGGUGACUUUAUUACUCUCCCUUUCGACCCCUUACACACACACACACACACACACACACGGUCCUGAUGGAGCUCUCUGAGCAGUAAAUAUAGCCUUUUCCCCUGCACGUUAAAGCAGCUUAAGAUGUCAAGUGUGCUCUGGAAGAUGGAAGAACUCAACGCAUUCAGGACAUUGUGCUUCGGCCAGCACCCUGCUGUUGUUGGCAACCUGAGGAUAUAUUUUUAGCUUCUUUGCCAUUAUACUUUUUUUUUUUUUGUUAAUCGAUCUAAAUAUAUAUAUAUAUAUAUGGCUCUGCAAAUAUGUUGUUAUGGCAACCACUCUUUUGCACAUAUGAGCCCAGUCGCUUGACCGCACCUAGGACAACCAAUCAGAUGGCUUCCACACUUACCUGUAUGUGCUUCAUCACCGCCACCCUCCUCCGCCCAGAGGAAUCGGAAUACAACUCCACGGACGUGUCAAAGCCAAGUCAGGGUCAAACUAUUGAGGACACUUGACCCCUGACCUUUGACCUGCAGGCACCCAGGACCACGUGAAGAAACCCCUUCAAUACACAGACUCUGUCAUCGGUACUUCCUGUCUUUCUUUGUGUACAACAAGUCAUACACGCCGUCUGCUUUACAAGCUGAAGGAUAGUUAUGGCUAUUUUUUUAAAAUGAUAAUAAUGUGAGAAUGUAGCAUGAAGGAUUGGGCUGCAGAUGUAGUAUUUGGGAUGACAGAUUGUACGGUGGUCGUGUUCAGAGUGAACGCGGUGGACCUCAGCGUCACUUCUGUAGCUAGAAUCCACGUACCUACCACCGCAGGUAUUCUUAUCUCACAUGCUCUUGUGCUGCAAAAAAGUUACAGUUAUUGCUUUCCGAAAACACAAAAGCACAGAUUUCCCCUGGUAUUUAAAUGGUCAUCCAACAAUAACCACUGCAGCCAUGGACUAUUUGUGUAAGAAACUGCCCUGUCACCUCUGCCAAUGUCCCAGUGACCGCCGAUGGAGCCACUGGUUCCUCAAGUCGAUAUUCGUGUGAUAUGGAUAUUAGAGACAGCUGGUCGCCUGGGCCAGAGGUGUUUAGACGCAGUCCUGCAUUCACUGUGUUAAAAUAAAAAGUGUUGAGAUAGGAAAUGGGUGAGGGACAGGCUGGGUUCUGUAGUUCACCGUAGGGUAAAUGAAGUUAGCUAACCACUCCGACCGCAUGUGGCCCAAGCGCGAACUGCGCUAUUCUACAUGCACAGCGUAGAGUAGAGGUGUGGACCGCGACAACGGGGUGAUUCCAAACUCCAGCUUUCCGCAUUGUUUUAUUUACUUCCAUUGUUCUUUAUGAGGAACCGUUGCCAUGACAGCGGAGUGGAGCUGGAGGCUGG